UUCUCACAGCUAUGUACGACAAUAUUAAUUAAUAUUUGAAGAUAAUGAUUAAAACUAUAUAUCCGGGAAUUUUGAAUGAUAUCACAUAAUGCGAUUGGAUCCGUCGAGGGAAUCCCCAAGACAAACAGUGAAGCAUAAUUAUACGACAUUAUACGACAUUAUACGACUACGACAAAUAAAAGAAAACAAGAAGAAACAGGCAAGGAGGAACAUGAUAACAUGCUUUAGCAGUAGUAAGCGAAUCAUUCAAUGCACGGUACGCGCAUACAUAUAUCAGUUUUUCUCCGAAUUUCAUGCGAAUCUGACGCUCAAUAAAUAUUGCGGCUUCAAGAAAAUCGAUAAUCAUAAACAUGUUUUCCGGCAGAACUGAUCUCCCGAUACUUUGGCUAACGUUCGCAUUAGCAUGUAUAUUCGUGAAACCAGUGUUUCUUUACGUGCUGCCAGAUCCGACCUUCGAAGUACUAAAGCCGCAAGGCCUUCGAGUUUCUAUACCUGAUGCAUCGGGCUUAAGAAUAUUUGGUUUCCACGCUAACGUGAAUAAGGCAAUUCGCGCUAACGAAAACGGCGAAAUUGCCGGUAAUGUCUAUUUAGCGACAAACGGCAACUGGAUUUUCGAGGAUCCGGAAGUGACUAUAAAAAAAAGAGAUGUACUUCAUUAUUGGAUUUAUGCGCAAGUGGAUGGGACUCAUUACAAAAACAACGUCAAGACGUGGAGGCAGUCCUCAGUGGGAAAUCAAGGAAUGGGCAGCCAAGAAACUACGGAGAGCUCUACAUCAAGAAAUGAAACUCCGAUAGGUCGGCUAUUGCUCGAGGAUAAUUUCAAUUCUUUUAACGCGUCAUUAUGGAAACGCGAAAUAAAGAUGCCUUUAAAACCGGAUUAUGAGUUCUGCGUAUAUCACAAUGAGAACCAUCAGCAGCUUGUGCAAAUUGAUAAUGGCCAAUUACUCAUAAAGCCGCUUAUAUUAGAGGAUUUGUACGGCGAGAACGCGACUACGUAUGGAAAAUUACAACUCAGUAGGUGUACCAGCACGAACGCUGACGAAUGUUUGCGGCAGGCAUUAUCAUAUAGCAUUCUCCCACCUAUUAUAUCUGCGCGUCUUACCACCAAGGAACGUUUCGUUUUGCGAUACGGAAAAAUCGAAAUACGUGCGAGGUUUCCUCAGGGCGACUGGCUAUAUCCAGAAAUGUGGCUGGAGCCAAAAUAUUCUACGUACGGUGCGAAUUAUCCCAGUGGCCGUGUUCUUUUGGGUAUAUCGCGGGGCAACGAAAACCUGGUAAAUGCCACAAAUGUUUCGAAAAUUUACGAUGCCCGAAGAUUAGAUUUUGGUGUGAGAGUAGGCACGUCUCCCAAUAUUCGAGAAAUACUCGUAUCGAAGAUACACGAAUUCGGACCGCGAUGGACGAAGGAUUUUCACGUAUACACGACCAUUUGGACCAGCGACGGUUUCACCUUUUUGGUCGAUGGCGAGGAGAUCGGUCGAGUGAGACCUGACGGAGAAGGAUGGAUGAGUGGUCCUAACGUAGGCAGGAAAAAUGCUCCAUUUGAUCAAGAGUUCUAUAUUACUCUCGGCGUUGGUGCGGGUGGAAUGCGUGUAUUUCCGGAUAACACGACCAGUUCUGGAUCGCCAAAACCAUGGAGAAAUAUAGGCGCUAAGGCAUUGUUGAAUUUCUGGAACUCUCGAAACGAAUGGCUGUCAAGCUGGAGACAAGACGACGGCAAAAAGACUGCUUUUGCUAUAGAUUACGUGAAAGUGUGGUCUCAUUGAAUUAUUGCGUUUACGUCUAUAUGUAACUCAUUUCUUAUUAUUCGUAUCAUUUUUCUUAUCAUUCGUAUUUUUUUUGUAGCGAUAGAUCUCUUAGACUUUCUCGAAUGACAUAUGUACAAGUAGCCAUUCGAUAUCGUUGUAUUAAGCAUUAAUAAAAAUUGGCAAGUCAAUUAUCUUCUAAUUCAACGAUGACAAAAGAUUACAAUGUUGCCAGCGAUAUUAUAUUCUAAUACUUGAGAUGAGAGUCUCACCGCGAGAUGUAAAAUCCUUUUCGCUUGUAUAACGCAAUUCAAGAAUUUUGUAAUUGUAGUGCAUUGUUUCUCUGCAAAAGAGAGUGAACGAUAUUAUCCGCGAAAUCGGAAAGAAAUUCAGGGUCGCCCAGAGCUGGUUCUACCUUUAAUGCCUCUUCCAUUAACCGCUCAGACGAUCAUCCUCUGAUAAUAUUCCUACAUGAAUAUAAAAAUUUCUUAAACGCGAUGUUUACGAAGGACAUGUUUUCCACGUUUAGCACAGCAGAUUUUCCAAAGCGAUAUCAUUAUUCAUAGAUAUAUUCGCUGAUUAUAACUUCCCCUACAUGGCAUUUUGUUCUCUUUUAGCAUCUCAUCUCUCUCCUUCUUAACAUAGAAUUUUUAUAUAUCCUUAUAUAUAUUAUCCUUAUACAAAAAUAAAUAAAUAUAUCUAUUAUAUUUCUCAUUUAAAUCUUAUAUAGAUAUAAGAAAAUAAUAAAAAAAAUAAUUCAUCAUAUAUAUCAUAUUUCGAAGUUUACAUCAUUACAUCAUUGUAUGGAAUGUAAUAACGUAGGUAUCUUGUAGAGCUAAAAAUACCGUACUAGAUUUGAUAUAUUGUGGCAACUAGCUAUUAAGGUCAUCUUAUGUAAGUCUUAUUUAAAAAAUUAAAAAAAAAAAAA